AUGACCGAAAAAGGAAGGGCAAGGAAAUUGACACCACCGGAGGCGCGGGAGGAAGAAAGAAGCCAUCAAAAUACCACGGCAUUAACCUCAAAGGCUUCCGACCAAAAAGAUAGGAGAGAUAAAGAGAGAAAGUGGAUCAAGAGAAGAGAAGAGGAAGCUACAGAGACAAAGCUUGGGGUUGAAGAGCUAGGAGCUAAAGUGAAGCCAAAGUUAGGAUUCUUGAAGACUAGAGCGGUUAAUGGAAAAACCCGAAUCAAACACGAAAAAAUUAAGCAGGAAGCUCCUGAAACACACGUUAAAUUUAAACCGAAAAUUCUUGAAAAUGUUGAGUUUCAACCAACAGAGGUUCUUGCUCAAACAAGUGCGAAUUUAAAAAGUGAUGAUGAUGAUGAUGAUGAUGAUGAGGAUGUCUUCUAUGAACCGUCGUUAGAAGGGUUGAAAGAGGAUCUACAGAAAUCGAUUCACGAAAGAUCAGGAGCAUAUGAAGAAUUUUUGGAUCAGUAUCCCAAAGUAGCCCAAGAGUAUGUGGAUAAAUACUAUAAAGAUUCAGAUGAAACAGAUCAUUCUUAUGGCUUAAAACAUGAUAUGAGAACUGACGAUUGGUCUAUGGGAUCACAAAAAGUCAAAUUUCUCUCGAGUGGAGAUAUCAAGGUGGGACCCGUUACUUAUCGAGGAACACAGGGCCUAUAUGAUCUACUGUUUUUGAAGAAGCCUCUAUAUCAGACGGCGGACGAUAAGUUGCAGCUCAAGGAUAUUUUAGACAGAACCAAUGCUCAUCGAAGAGACUUUGAUCCAUCCAAGCAAGUUAAAGGAUCCGUAUCCUCAAAAUAUAAAGACAUUUAUGUCGAUAGUACUACACUUUUAAAUAUCUGGGGGAAAUUACCACUCGAAUGUAGAAAAGAUUUUGAGUUGCAGACAAGACUUCCUUGUUUCAUGCAUUAUAAUAGACCUGAUUGGAGGACUCAUGUAGAUGGACCUCCUUCCUCACAAAACCAAUGUUAUUUCUGUAUAAGAGCUCUGGCCAAAUAG